AUGGGCUCUCCAAUGUCAGAGUGCUGCUCCGAUUUGGCAAGACACGUUGUUGACCAAGGCCAGGUGUUGAGGCUGAAAGAAUUAUCGUGGGUGUUGGACGACAAGAAAGAAAAUGUUUCUGAUGUGAUAUUGUGUUGUCAUGACUUUUAUGUUCUCACAUUACCAUUACAUUGUAUUGGGCACUUUCCUAUUGCUAUGUUAACGGCUUGGGGCCACCAACUACAUUAUCAUCUCGAAAUCAAAGAAUGGACAUUAAGCCAAUCACGAAAAUUCGCGUGGCAACAAUGA